CUUGACUUUGAGAUAAGUAUUAGGGAAAUUGUAUAUCUCGUUUCUGUCGACAUUUCCCCUCUAUUCUCCCCUUGUCCUCCUCGCCCCGUACCACCACAAUGCCGAAACGAAUUCGCGUCGGAAUCCUUACCCCCUCCUCAAACACCGCUCUCGAACCUCUCACCUGCGCCCUCCUCGCCUCCUUCAACACACAACAAUCCACCUACCACAUCACUGCCCACUUCUCUCGCUUCCCGGUAACAACAAUCUCCCUCUCUCCAUCCGGCCUGGCUCAAUUCGAGCUCGCCCCCAUACUACACGCAGCCGAACUCCUCGCCCACGCAGAAGUCGAUAUCAUAGGAUGGUCAGGCACUUCUGCAGGCUGGCUAGGCUUUGAUAAAGAUGUCACGCUGUGCGAGGAGAUUGAAAAAGUGACGGGGAUAAAAGCUACGACGAGUGUGCUGGCUUUGAAUAAGGCGCUGGAGCUUUGGGGUGUGAAGAAGCUGGGGCUGGUCACGCCGUAUCAAGCGGAUGUGCAGGCGAAGAUUGCGGAGAAUUAUACGGGGAUCGGGGUUCUGAUUGGGGAGAGCAUGGAGAGGCAUUUGGGGGUUGUGAAGAAUACUGAUAUUGCGAAGACUGGGGAGGAGGUUUUGGAUGGGUUGGUUGGGGAGGUGGUGGGAGGGGGAGUGGAUGCUGUGACUACGUUUUGCACUAACCUUGUUGCGGCACAACGGGUUGAGUUUUGGGAGAAAAAGUACGGAGUUCCACUCUUCGAUACGGUGACGACUGUUGUUUGGGAUAUGCUUAGAGAGUGUGGGGUUCAUGCCAAAGAACUUGAGGGUUGGGGAAUGAUCUUCCAAAAAGGCUGA